AUAAAGAAUAAAUAUCGCAUUAUUUUUUUUUUAGGAAAGUUCUACCACUAUCUAAACAUACAGAGUUAGAACUAGAGUUUUUCUCAACCGUACUGCGCUGUAAUUUAUGACCGGCGACCUUUAAAAACUUGCGACUAAAAGCUGCCACUCUGAAGGCGUGACACGCAACCAUAUAAGUCAAACUCAGCAAAUUACACUGUAAUUUGAUUAUUUACAAAUUUCGCUGACCGCAACAAACCAAAACCUUCGUGUGAUUGUUUUAAGCAGGAAUUUGUUUUUCUUAAAUUACAAUUUAUUGAGAUCUAUAUUUCGAUAUAUUUAAGUAAUGUAGUUAAUUUACACGAAGGUGAAGCUGCGAUUAUAAGCUCAAAUGACAACGUAAACAAUCUGUGAAUUUGUGGUUGCCACUAUUGAUUAGAUCACGAUUAACAUUUUAAACAUUUACGCGUUCAUGGUUGUCUGAGUUAGAGGCAGACUGAAUUGACCGAUACACUCCUCUUUAAAGAAUAUUAAAAUUUUAAGAUAUUAGGCACGCACAUCAUCAAGAACAAAAGCCAUUUCGAAUUCAAUCUGUAAACCGCGAGCGGAUGUUUUUGGAAACAAAAUUUGGCUAGGAGAGGAAUGUUUUCGCUUUUUCCCCCUUCCCGCCUCCUUCAAAAAAAUUUUUUUUGAAAGUUGAUAUAAACGAAGUAAUAAGUAAAAAGGAAUAUCUAAAUUCUUUUUAAGGGAGGGUUCUUUAUUUUUUUUUCUUUUCUUUUUUCGAUGAAUAUGUCGCUAGGUUACCAAUUUCAUAGUGGAACAAUCCCAUUGAAUCAAUCUCUUUUCCAAAUAAAAGCUUGGGCCCUGACAAACCGUAAAAGCCAUGGCAGGCAAUUGGAAAGCUAGAUUAUUAUUUUACAGCAUUAGCUUGGGAAGCUCUCUUUUAAUUCUACAAUACUGGUUCCUCGACAGCAAAAUUCCAUCGAGAAAGAUGUCCGAUCAACGAAUAGCUACGAAAUUAUUCUUCAGCAGCGGGCCGCAGACAUUACGAAGGAGAAACGCUUUGAAACUCGUUCUGUUCUACACGACUUUAUUCGGUGAACGACCAUGGCGAGGACUUUCUAACGAUUACAAUUUCACAAACUGGAACCGAAUACCUUGUGCUGUGCAGGCAUGUAGAAUCUCUUACAACCGGAAAGACCUUAAUCGGAGUGAUGCAGUGAUAUUCCACGGACGAGAUUUACCCAGUGUUUCUCACAUGAAACGCAUAAUGAAGUUUAAAACUCCACAUCAGAGAUGGGUUUAUUUUACACAUGAAAGCCCUCAAUUUACUUUUUACGAACCAUGGCUGUAUAACGGGUUCUUUAACUGGACUAUGUCCUAUAGGAGGGAUUCGGAUUUCUUCGUGCCCUACCGAACGUACACCCAACUUCAGCCCGACGAGAUUGAAAACGAGGAAACGCAAGAUAGAAAUUAUGCAUCGAGCAAAGAUAGACUUGUGGUUUGGGUUGUCAGUCACUGCCAGGGUUUGCGCGAAGAGUUUGUCAAAAAACUCAUGAAAUACGUCAAAGUGGAUGUGUUUGGAUGGUGUUCAAAGAGAUUUAACCAAACUGAAACGUGUCCGAGGCAAUCUUCGGCUUGCGACGAUACGUUAAAACGCUAUAAAUUUAUCCUUGCAUUUGAAAAUUCAUACUGCUCGGAUUACGUGACCGAAAAGUACUGGUACAUGCCAUUUGACCACGAUAUUGUGCCGGUAGUUUUCGGAGGCGCUUCGUACGACCAGAAAAUCGCUAUACCUGGCUCUUUUAUCAACGUUUUGGAUUUCGCGUCGAUUAAAACUCUAGCUGAUUAUUUACUUUUCCUGGACAGAAACGAGAACGCUUACAACGAGUAUUUUUCAUGGAGAAAACGCUACAAACCGGUUCUUCCCGAAUCAUGGACUUGCCAUAUGUGCGCUGCACUCAACAAUAUUUCAAUACCAUCCAAGGUUUAUAAAAAUCUUGAGGACUUCUGGGGAGAAAGGAGUGAUUGUGCGACCAAAGAAAGAAGAAUAAGAAAAUUAGUAGAAAAGAUGGACUGAAAUUCUAUUUGUGACGAUAUGGUGGGGUUAAAAUCUUCUUUCUUUAAAAAAUUACUUUUGAAAUAUUUGCGAGGAGAAAAAAGCAGCUAGUGGUAAGUCGAGCAAGUCGUCAAUGACACGAGGCGUCAAUCACGCAUGAAGAGACAGCCGCGCGUUUCGAGAUCUUCACGCGUGUCUAGACAACACCUAAAUACCCUGAGGUGCCGAGACGGCCCCCACUUCCACCGACGACACGCGUGUCGCACCAGUAGCAAAUCUCAAGGCAAAUGCACGUUUCGAGACAGAUUCGUUAGCCAAGGAAAUCGCACGCGUUGCGACCACAGCAGUAUUGGUUCAGAUAAUCUCGCGUUUCGCAAAUGGUAAGCCCU